AUGCUCAACGCCUGCAUAACUUCAACAAUCUCACUAAGAACAAGAGGAUCGUCAUCAUCUUCUCCAUUUUCGCCCAAUGGCUACUUGCACUGCUCAAUCGAAGCGCACCCAUUUCUUCAUUCAUCGUCCAGAUCGAGCUGCUUCUGCUGCUGUUGCUGCUCCAAUCCGAUGUACAGAGCUCAGGUAAGCCCCAAUUACUGCUGCAAUCUGUAUGGAUUCAGACAAUCCUCCUUAAUUCAAUGGGCCCCCCACAGAAGGGUAGGCCUCGACCGGUGCUACUACACGCGAUUGCCCAUUUCCAGUGUUGGGGCCGAUUGUUAUUGCGAUGGGGUUUGCGAUUUCAGGGUGAGAAAUGUGGGCAGGGGAAGGAAAGUAGGUGUGGGUUUGAGUAGACGUAUGGUGUUUGAUGAAAGUGCUGAGAGGUAUGAAGUCGAGGCUGAGGCCGUGCUUAGUUUGCUGGCUGAGGAUUUUGACGAGAUAGAGUGUUCUCGUCCACUGAUGGGGAAAAGGAAGUUACUGAAAAAACCGGCCGUGGAGGAGAUGGGGAAUGAUGAGGUGAGGGGCAAGAUUAUGGUUAAGAAGAAAAUGGUGGAGUUAGGUGUUGUGGAGAGUGGGCCGAGUUUUGAGAAAGGGAAACCGGCCGGUAUUUUACGGAAGAAAGAUGGUAGAAGGAGAGAGCAAAUAGCUUUUAGGGAAGAAAAGGCGGAAACUUUAGCUCGGGAGGGAAAUCGAAAGGAACGUAAGGAUGGUGUGACAAAUGGAAGAGAGAGAAAGAAAGAAGAGGACGAGGUGUGGAUGAGGAAGCCGAGCCGGAGGGUCGGUGAGGAGAAAGGGAGAGAAUAUAUUUUGAGGAAAGAGAAUGUGAAUGUGAGUUCAAGGAGGGAUGAGACAGAAGAUCCUUCGAGGAGAGAGGAAGAUAGGGAGAAGGUGAGGAGGAGAGAUGGAUCGAGUUGCUCCUCGUAUUACUCAUUCUCGUCGGCUGGCGAUUACGAGAGCGAAAACGAAACUGAGCUCAAAGAAGACAGGUUUUCAGGGGACUCGUCGAGCGAUGGUCUUAUGAUGGAUUCAGGUGUUGAAAUAGUUCACCAUAAAAUUACUAAAGAGGAUCAGAGGUAUGAGGCUCAUAAAGGAGAUCAUGGACGGAUUUUGACAAGAAAUAGCACAGAAAAGGAUUUCGAGUCUGAUUUUAGGAAGAAAUCGGAAAAGAAACUUACAGAUAUAUCGGUGGAGGAGGUGGAGUCGAGUAAAAAAUCAUUGAUAAAGGAGUCGAAUUUUUCGAUGGCAAGUGAAAGUAUAUAUGAAAGAGGUCCUGAUUACUUUGAUGAGCGGAAAGUAAAAUCGUUGAGCGAAGUCACGAAACCGACUGAAGAGAGAAAACAGGAGCUUCUGCAAAUGGGUGAUGAAGAAUUAAGGCAAUCUGAAACAAGAAUGAAGUACAAACAGUUUGUGGGAACGAAAGAUACACGUGUUGAUGAGGCUAGAAGUUCUUACGGUUCUCAAAAGGGAUAUACUGUCAAGGGCGAGAUGUCUGCUAAAGUCGAGAGUCCGGAAAAAGCUGUAGAACAUCAAGCUGCGGUUGGACUUAGCACAAUAGAGGAUAAAUAUGAAAGAGAUUCUUGCAAGAUUUGUGAAGUAUCAGAAAGUCAAGAUAUUGAUAUUCGAAAGACUUCCAUUUCCAAGCAAAGGCUCGAAAAGAGUGUGAAGGAGGAAGAAUACUCGACCAAUGUAUUAACUUCAAUUAAUGUUGCCUCAAAGCAACAACGAGAUGAACAAGCAAGUUUCUUGGGGGAAUCAAGCGGCUCAUCUCUAAAUUUGACCAGUAAAAACGGCAAGUCGAUUUUGAAAAGGGAAUCACAGAAGCUUAUGAAACAACAAGAUACUUCGAACUUAGUCUACGGCUCAUCUUCAGAAUCCAAGCAGACACUCUCACAGACACAUUCUGAAAUUGACAAGACAGUUAAUUCCAGAAAAGAAUCUGAUGAAUUCAUCAUUACUCAACCUUUAUCAUAUUUACGUGAAACAGAUGUGUUGUCUGUUGAGCCAAAGGCUGGGAGUGCUACUAAUGAUGAUACUUUUCAUGGGCAGUCCUCGAAGUUUGUUUCACCUGAAGAUGCAAUUGAGUCUGCUGCUCGAUUAGAGAAAUCCUCAGAACACUAUCACGGUGAGUUUGUUAGCCAGUUAAGGAAUGAAAUAGUGGCUUCUGAAAUCCAGAGGGAGAAACAAACGCCCGAAACUAAGUUUUUUCCCAAAGUGCAUGAAUUAAAGCAAGAUGGUCAACCAUCUGAGUCAAAGGGGCCUUCUGAUGAAAUGUGGAAAGAGGACGAACCAUCUGCUCAGAAACUAGUUAAGCCAGAAAUCCAAGAUAAUUCAAGCAAACCUGAAACUGCCAUUGUAAAGAGAAGCGGGAAAUCAUUGUGGAAUAUUUUUGCCGACAUUGUUCGUUUGCGUUGGUCCCCACGUCUGGAAAGUCACGGCUCGGGCCGAAAGGCGGGUGGAAAAAGCUCGCCUAAUCAGUCCACAAGUAGUGAAGCAUGGUUUUCUGGUCAUGAAGCAGAGGAAAAUGAAGGGACAAGCAUAACGCAAGAUUUGUCUAGCAGGCGUCAAGAAGAAAAGUCCCACUCUCUAGUUGGACAAAGUUCCAGCUCAUCAACUUCAGAGGGCUAUCUAAAGAGUGCCAGAAUAAAUGAACCAUCUUCUUCAUCUGUUUUAGAAACUUCAGGCAUAGAAGUUCCUGAAGGCUCCUCAGCAUUGGUUGACUCCUCAAUUUCUUUACCUGCAUUAAGCCUUCGAAAGUUUUCUUCUAUGAGAGGAGGUUUAGAGAUUAAAGAAGAAAAUCCAUCUGAAAGCGGUGUGAAAAUGGAGAAACAAGAAUCAUCGGUUAGUGAAGGGGAGGUAAAACAAAAAAGACUUCAGAGAAAAGAUCAAAUCAUGAAAGAUAGAUUUGAUGAGUGGGAAGAAGCAUACAUGCUUGAAGCAGAGCAGAGAAAAGUCGAUGAAAUGUUUAUGAGGGAAGCACUCUUGGAAGCCAAAAAAGCUGCUGACAACUGGGAGGUACCAGUGGGGGCUGUGCUAGUUCAUAAUGGAAAGAUAAUUGCUCGUGGGUGCAAUCUGGUAGAAGAGAUGCGUGACUCGACUGCUCAUGCGGAAAUCAUAUGUAUACGAGAGGCUUCAAACAUGCUCCGAACAUGGAGGCUUUCAGAAACUACAUUGUAUAUUACACUUGAACCGUGCGCAAUGUGUGCUGGAGCAAUACUCCAAGCUCGAAUAGACACUGUUGUAUGGGGAGCCCCUAAUAAACUCCUGGGAGCCGAUGGUAGCUGGAUUAGGCUUUUCCCAGUUGGUGAAGGAGGAAAUAGUGACUUGGAUUUAACGAGUAAGCCACCUGCUCCGAUUCAUCCUUUUCACCCUAAGAUAGUUGUGAGACGAGCACCGAUCGUCCAGAGCCCCCCGGCCCCACCUACAGUUCAAGAUACCGACGAGGACACGGCAUUCGCACCCUCCCCAACCUUUAAUCUGAACGAAGGCGUAUCAAGAAGAACUAGCAUGAGGGUUACUGCUGGAAUUGCACUGGCUACGUUUUUGGCCGUCACUAGUUUUUGCGCCUAA